AUGAUAAAUGAAAUAAAAUUUAUUUUGGCUUUGUACGGUGCAAAAAAUUAUAACAAAGGAUUGAAUGACUUCAGAUUUGAGUAUUUUUGCAAAAAUGUAGCAUCUAAGAAGACAAAAGUACUUUUGGGCUCUUUACCACCUACUGAAGAUGUAGCUGUACAACACAUCAAGAAAGUUUAUCUCCAAUAUCAAUGCUGGAUGGGAAACAUUUUGGACCCCAGUGACUGGGGCUGGGAAUUUGAUACUAGGAAGAAUUUUUACAAACCGAUUCUGAUUACUAAUGAAGCUGCCCAAUCUUCUCUACUAGAGGUCAUAUUUUGUUCAUGCAAAACCACAGGCUGUGCAAUAGUGUGUGGGUGCAGAAAAGCGGGAUUGUAUUGCCCUGAAGAAUGUGUGAAUUGUGCCGUGAAUGAUUGCACAAACUGCAAACGUGUGCUUAUAGAAGAUGCAGACGAAGGCGUUGAUUUUGUACCUCCACCGAGCAUUGACAUUAUCCCCCCCAACAAUGUUUCUGUAGUUGACUAUUUCGAAACAGAUUAA